UUUGAGAAGUGAGUGGUUGAGCUAAAUCUCAUCAUAAUAAUUAUGAAAAAAUUGGGCAUGUAAAUAUUUUGAAAUAGGUAUUGGGUAAAGAGAAAUUUCGCCAUGUCGUCAUCUAAAUCUAAAAUACCCCGGGCUUAUUUGCCUUUCUUGCCUAAACCGCAAUUGUUAGAUUACUAUCAUGAAGAUAAGAAAAUUUGCGACAUUAUAGCCACUUCGCCAUGUAUAAAAACGGACCCUUUCGAACUUUAUCGUCCGCCAGAGGGAAAAUACUUAGAUUACAGUUUGUCACAGACGGAUGCCAAAUUCGACAAAAAUGAAACGAAAAUUCACGUGCAAAUUACCAGAGCUGAGUAUGGGGAACUUAAUCCCUCACCCCCUCCACCUCCCAAAAAGAACAAGAACAUAUAUUUUCAUGGCAGAGGACCAUGUUGGAUAUGGAUAGAAGAGAUAUGGACGAAAAAGCAAUUAGAGUUGCAAGUAUUUUAUAAAAAACGCUUAAAGCAAAUUACAAAAACAAGAGUUACCCAAGAAAGAAAUAAACUACGAAGAGGACAUUACGAAUUAAUAAAAAUGGUUGGUCCAAGUUGGUUUAUUGAAAUUUCUCCUAAUCAGCAGAGAGCCGUAGAUAGCUUAAAAGAUGCGAUAUUGAAGGAUUUAACUUAUCGCAGUUUAACAUAUGUAAAAGAUGUUAUCGGCGAUUUGGGAUUAGUGCUACGACCCAAUGAAGCACAUGUAGAGAAAGCACUUAAGGAGUGCAACCGGUGCCCUAUAGAAUUCUUACUUAUUCUUUAUCAAUUAAUGAAUCCACAUAGAGAAGAGUACUCGUUAAAUGAUAAACUACUGCUUUCGGCUGUAGUUCAUUUGACGAUAAAGGAAACUUUAAAAGAAUUGCAUAUUAGAAUCCCGUCUCCUCCACCGAAACCGUCAGUUCCUCGAACUCCCAAAAAAAGAAAACCAAAGCCCCAGUAUCCAUCUCCAUAUUUAGAACCUUUCACAUUUGAACCGGAUCCGCCUAAACAUACAGGAAUUUAUAAGAAUAACCAUAUACAAUAUCCCGAGAGCCCAUAUUUUUCAUAUAUCGAACAAUUAAAAUUAGAAAGAGAAAAACUGAAAUUACUAUCAGAACAAGAUAAAGGACCGAAACUUAAUACAGAAGAUCAACCGCCGAAAUAUCCUGAUUUACCACCAGAUUUAGCGGAAAAAGAAACGGAAAUUCUACAAGAAUUGGCUAUGGCCCAAGAAGAAUACAAUGCGUUGGCAGCAGAUGGCAAUGCACCACCUCUUUUGAAACCUUCUAUUUAUUACCCGUGUAAUCUAGUGACUCAUUCUCGAUCAGAACAUGCUGGGUCAGUGGCGAUUGAGAGCGCUAAACAAAAACAAAAAAAGAAAUUGACUCCCCCCGCGAAAGAUGUUAAGAAGUUUCCAAAAUCAAAGGAAGUUCGCGUCGUAGCUACAGCUGUAAGUACAAUUAAGGAUGAUUCCACAAAAAUGGGAAGUACUCCUUGUGGCACAAAUAGUGCGGCCACUACAGUGUCACAAAAAUCCCAUCGCAGCACCAGCCACAGAUCUAGCCGAGAAAAAACAACAGCUCCAGAGCCUACUGAUGUAAAUUUAUACCCCCCUGGAGACGAUGAUGAGGGAUUUGAAGAGGAAGAAGAAGAGGAGCCUGAUUUAGGUCUUGUAUGUGAUUGCGGAUGUUUUGCUGAUUUCGAAAAAGAGGCCUUACGAAUACCACCGUACGAAUUCAAAACCAAAAAGCCAAUUCCAACACCGGAAAUAUGCGAUUUAGAGAUUCGUGAAUCUGAACUUAUUCGACCGGAUGAGACCGAGUCUGAAAUGUGCACUUGCAAGGAAGGGGUAAAAGAAAAAGUUGAAAAUGUUUUUUGUCCGUGCGAGCGCUGUCAGAAGGAUCGAGAAGCUUGGUUGGCAAAAAAGGCCACCAAGGUGAUAUCCGGUACGAGAAAGGAGCACUUGGGCGAAGACGGUUUGAGAAUAAUAGAAGCUGUUAAGGAAUUCGAGCAGUGCGCUUGUCUCAGAAAUUACGAGCACGCCAUUCAAAAAUUCGAAGAUUUAAAAUGUAGGUUAAGGGCACAAAUUAAACUGAUGAGUAUGAAAAAACCCUUCGUUGUUACCGGUGUUUCGGUUGGUCCUGACGGCAAACCGGUAUAUCAACUCGCUGGAGUUGUUCAAAACCCUUGUCCUUGUCUUGAAAUUGUAAAACUGAUGGAAGAAGAAGAAAAGAGAUUAUCCAACAUGCCUCAUUUACCCUCUGAUGGAAGGAAGUAUUACAUUACGGGUGUUCAUCAAACUCCGGAAGGAACAGUUUAUAGCAUUGGCGGUACUCUUCAUUCAGCCGACUGUGAAUGUAUGGAAAUAUUUCGAGAAUAUUCAGAAAGACAUACACUAUGUUUAGACCUGUAUGCAGAAUAUUUGAAAAAAAUGAAAAAAGACGUUUGUCUAUAUCUUCAAGAAUACGAAGAGGACAACAAGAACCGAACUGAUGGGAAGUGGGGACCCACCCCAUUCGAGAUAAGAGACGAGGAAGAGCGUAUAAAGAAUCUGCCAGAACUUCCCAGUGAUGGAAGAACAUAUCAGAUUACGGGAGUACGUGGAAUAGCAAAAGGAGGAAAACUGACUUACGAAAUUUCUGGAAUUAAAGAUGCUCCAGAAAACGUGUGUCCUAUAUGCUGUAAAUGUUGUCCAGGAAAAAUUAAAAGAAAGCAACUAUUAAAAAGGCUAUUUUCAACAAUCUAA